GCCCAUUAUAUAUCUUGAAUGUGCUGGGGGGAAGUUGAUAUUCACAACGCGCAUCAAGCGCCGACUACCUCCCGAAUUGGCAACGCCACCACCAGCCGCUCCGCAACAUAUUUACGCCGGAAGAGCUUACAACUCACCAGUGCACCAUCCUUCAUUGUACUCUCGUUUCACAACCACCAUUUACGAACAUUUCAACAGCCAUGGGACUGUUCGGUUUGUCGAAGUCUGGCGGCGCGUCUGAUGACCCCGAAAUCCGCCAACUCGAGAGGAUGACGACCUCUGAAGCGCGGACCGACCAGAAGACCGUCGACCAUGCGAUCAAGGAUCUGAAGGACGCGGGCAAGACGCACAACAAGAGCGUCAAGGCUGCAGACAAGGCGCAGCAUGCGCUCGACAAGGCGGUCAAGAAUGAACAUAAGACUGCCGCGGCGAUAAACGAAGCCCAGCACCAGCAUGAGAGCGCCAUUGCCGACCAGCGCAAUGCUUCGAAGACACUGGAGCUGAACAAAGAACACGAGUUGCGCCUUGGGCAGGACCUGCAGAAGCAGCGUGAGGCUGUUAAUCAGACGCAGCAGCGCAAAGCUUCGAAUGACGUCAUGCGCGAGUCCAAGCUCGCCCGUGUUCACGAGCAAGCUGCCGACCGAGCACGGACGGGCAGCUUCGAAGCAAACAACGGCCCUGCAGCAUCCGGCGCAAACACAGGAACUGCCGACAUUGCUCACGAGAAGACGCAGGCGGCGACCCCGGUCGGUCACAAUAGUCUGCGGUGAGAACACGGCGAUUUAAUUUACGACGUGUCAUGUGCGAUAAAUUUUGGCUGCUCGCGCUCGGGCAGAUCUAUCAGGACCUUUAUUCUCUUCUAUACCUCUUGUGUUCUACUCUCGCUACAAUUAGGUAUCAGGUACUAUGAGCCACAUGGUAAUCCAUUCAUGUUGAUACCCUCUCACCACUGGCAAAUGAGGCGAUAUCCUGGGAUUAUCUCUCAGCUACCGCAAAGCCAAUACAGGAUUAAAAUCAUUUCGUAAUGCGAACAAGUUUCAGCAGGA